AUGAGAGAAGAACUAAAUACUUACAAUUUUGGUUCGACCAAUGAUUCUGAUGCCUACUCCAUUAACGAAAUUUCUGUAGUAGAUAAUGAUAAUUGCCUUGACUUAAGUAUUCAUCAGGAAGUAACACCUCUCUUAAAUACUUUAACUACUGAUAUGGAAGAUAAUAAUUUAGAAUUGGAAUACCAUGACUUUGAGGAUCAUAAUUAUAUUAUAGAUGAAGUUCAAUUGCAUAAUGAAUCUGAUAGUACAUCAUCUAGUAAUGUAUCCAAUCACUUUAUGACCAAUUUUUCUAUAGAUUCAGAACUUGCUCAAUGGGCAUUGUUACAUAAAAUUCCUCAUACUGCUGUAAAUAGUCUAUUACAUUUAUUAAGAAAACAUAAAUGUUUUUUACAUUUACCAAAAGAUGCUAGGACACUUUUACUUACUAAACCAGCUCAAAUACAAAGUAUUCGAGAUGUACAGCCUGGAAAAUACCACCAUUUUGGUCUUGAGGUUGGUAUCCUACGUCAUUUAUCACCUGAAAAUACUUUACAAACCGAGAUUAAAGUUGUUAUAGGGAUAGAUGGCUUACCUAUUGCUAAAAGCAAUUCAAAUAAAUUUUAUCCUAUAUUAGCAUACAUGAGACCAACUUCAAAUAUAGUUUUUCCAGUGGGAUUAUAUUUUGGAACAGAAAAACCUUCUGACAGCAAUGAAUUCUUAAAAGAUUUUGUCAAUGAAACAAAACAUUUAGUUACCCAUGGGAUUUUAAUUGAAAAUAAAUUAUUUAAAGUCAAAAUUGAUGUAUUCUGUUGCGAUACUCCUGCUAAAGCGUUUAUUUUGAGAAUUAAAUCUCAUAAUGGUUUCUUUUCCUGUUCGCGUUGUGAAAUUGAAGGUGAAUACAAAUCAAACAGAGUAUGUUUUCCAUAUAGUAAACCUAAUAGCCCCCUUUAG